UCCGCCACUUUGUGUUUGCUUGUUGGGUCUUCGACUGGGUUGGAAAGUGGGAGUCAUCAUGACCAUUUUAAAAUUCGAGGGAGGAGUAGCGAGUUAACAUUGCAUUUUGUAAAGCUGAUUUUUACGAGUUUGGCUGUAACAGCUCUGCAACAGUCAUACCUUGAGUCAUACUGUAGUCAUUUCGAGACCAAAGGGAAGCAAAAAACUGUCAAAUAAAUACCGGUACAGGUACCAAACAGGAGAGAACAGCAGCCACAAGACCGCCAAAGAUCUUGCACCUUCUUUGCAUCGAAGGUCAUAGCCGCUCCAUCACUUGGUGGAUGGUCCGCCCAGAGCACACUUUGAUCACUUUCCCCACAAAUUUGUCACUUUGCCCAAACUCAUCACCUCCCAAUCAGAACCGCAUUAUUUGACAACAUGAGCUCUCAGCAUCUGCAGCCAACCCCAAACCAUGGCCCUCCUAGCAGGGCCAAAGAGUAUGCAUCUGUCUAUGCGCAACCCUUCUUCUAUGGUGCCAUCACUCGUUUGCCCUUCAUCUACUUUGUGAUCCACAUGCGUUUUGCAUUCGGAUUGGAUUGGAACUUGGUUGGUAUUUUCGUUGGCUGUUAUCAAGCAGCACGUGUUGUCACCAGUAUUGCAUCCAUCUUUCGGCCAGGAGCUGCCCAUGCCAUCGGGACAGCUGUUGGAUUGGCCGGCAACCUUCUUGUCAUUGCAUCUAGCACGGACAACCAAACCAACAUCAUCAUUGGAACCAUUCUGGUUGGAUCUUCUGAAACCCUUUCUGCCAUGCAAACCUAUGUGAAACGACAGUUUGGAGGUUCCUUGAACCAGCUUGAGUUCAAACUGAAGGUGCAAUAUGCAGCUGUCAUGGUUGGAGUGACAUUUGCCUUCUCCUUUGGUGGAUUCAUCUAUGAUCACUUUGGAAUCAACGGAGUUGCAACCUUUGGUGCCAUCAUGUCCUUAUCAGAACUCAUCUCCAUUGUCUGUUAUUGGAUCCUGGAACGCAGGGAUCAACAGCAAAGCCAGGAACAGUCUAACGAAAGCCGGAAAAGCCAGAAAAUCCGGGAAUGCCCCAGCGAAUCCACCAAUGCUGAUGCGCACGCCCAGAGUACCCAAGCUUCCUUGGGCAGUAUGUCGUCGGACGCUUCGGACUCGUCUUCUUCGGCUGCAAGGGACGAGGAGGGUCGUCCCAUUGCAAAGGCGUCGCCGUCUUCUUCUUCUUUGGCUGCAAAGGAUACAGAGGGUGAUCCCAUCACAGAGGCCCUUGACAGUUACUCUGAGUCGGGUAUGGGUGCUAACUACCUCACCUAUGCCCUUCUUGUCACCUUUGGUAUGGAGGCCAUCACCAUUGGAUACAAUCUUGCCGUCAGCCCUGUCUACAUUACUGAAGUCUUUGAGAUGAGCACCACUGUUAUUGGUGGUCUCAUGGCAGCAGGUGCUGCCUUUGGAACCAUCACAACCAUGCUGAUUGCUCUCCCCAAGCAAGGACGUGCCUUAAUGGAGAAGUGGUUGCCAUCUCCCAUUGGCUUCAUGGUAGCUAUGACAGGUAUCUCGGUUGCCGUCUUGGUGGCUGCCACUCCUGUCUUCCCUGUUCACGUUGUUGGUCUGCUGAUGCUCAUGGGCUUCAAUGAUCUGGCAGCUCUGCUUCUUAAUGAGCUUCAAGGUUCCAUCACAAGUUCCAAGGCCUACUCUACCAUUGGUCCCUUGGGGCAGGUUGUUCGGCGUACAGGAAAUGUCCUCACAGCCGUCUCUGGUCCCAUCUUCUUCGGCAUCUUUCCUCAGCUUCCCUACAUUGUGGCAGGUUCCAUCACUGCCAUCUGGACCAUCAUAUUGGGUCUCAUUAUCCGACACCGUUCCAAGGCCACCCAUGAUCGCUUGGAAAACAGUCCUGUCGACAAGUCUGUUUCAUCAUUCUAUCAUAGCACAACAUUUUCGAGAAGGGAAAUCAUUGCCAGGCAGGUUAAGAUGGGGCGGUUCUCAUCUGGGUCUGUUCAGGUUGAUGUUGAGGCUGCUGUGCCAGUUAAGGCUGGCGAAGAGGAGAUAGUCUUCGUACCAGAAAACGAAUCUCCCAGCGCUAUCUUUUCAUGGGACGCAUUAGCAGACCCUGCCUUUUCAUGGGACGCACUAACAGAAUUCGAGUGCUAAGGAAGCAUUCGGUUGUCCGGUCCUCCCAGAUGUUCCACGCUUCCAAGACGACACACAAAGGAAUGAUCCCGUUUUUGAUAUACCUACAAGAACCUCCAAGCUUCCCGCUUCACUAUCCGAAUUCCCUCCUUCCAGAGCUACACCCAGGCCCAAGGCUGAACAUAAAUACUUUGUCAUAUUACAUAAAACUUUUAAGAUUCUCCUUCAACAU